AUGUAUGAAAAUCUAGUGGAAAGAUAUCCUAUCUUCUGGAAUUCAAUGAACAAACAUUUGUUCAACAGUGAAACAGAGGAAGAAGAUACAUCUAUUAAUAUUUCAGAGUUGUCUAAACAUUUUUAUAUUGAAUCUUUUAUCAAUAGUCUACAAAUCGAAGUAGCACCAAUAGAAGAAGAGGAAUCAUUUCAUUUUUUACAUUAUCCUACAGAAGAACAGUACAUACAACCAUGCGGUUUUUCAUUUGAUGAAGAGCCAACAGAUAUAUUAGAAUUUACCAAUCAGAUUUAUGUAAUGCAGUCUGUACCUCAAAGAUUUGCUAGAAAUGACGAUCCUGGAUUUGAAUUCCCAUUUUUUGCUUAUGGAGAAAAAACAAUGGCUAAAAAUACAGCCAAACCAGCUAAUGCCAAUAACACUAACGCAAAAGCACCCAACUCAUAUCAUAAGAACCCAUCUGGGCAGGCCGACAACAGAAAUCAACAAAAUACUAGUAAUUAUAAAGGUAAAAACCCUAAUAAAUUCAAUAAAAGCAACAACCGUAACAAUAACAACAACAAUAACAACAAAAAUUUCAAGAAAAAUAACUAA